AUGUCAAGCUCCAACCAGACUCCAGUCAAGGUCGAAGAACAACGACCUGACUCGCGCGAGCAGCGGAUCAGCCACCUCCGGCGCAUCAUUCUGCAUAGGGCUGCGGACGAGCCUGAUAGUCGGUUCGAUAAUGUCACCAGCUAUUGGAUAGAGCGUGCGAAAAUAGUGAACAAAUAUGGCGAUGACUCGGACGGAGGCCCAUCAAAAGAGCAAGCAAAAGAGAUCUGUAACCUGCUUAUUGAGCCAACAAGGGAUCAGGCGGGUAAGCUCUCUCAGGACGUUCAGCCUGAUAAGGAUGAGGUAAUGACAAUGUUGGGCGAUAUCACAGGUGGGCUGAUGGCAUUGAUUGGCUGGCUCGUCCGAGAAAAUGGUCCUGACGAGCGUGAUCUGGUCUUUGCAAAGGUGCUCAAGCCUGAAUUGCUCAAGCUCGCUGGGAUUUUCGGUGAUGAACGAAAAUGGGAGAAGCGAGAGGCGAGCAGGUCUGUAACAAUCGAAUGA